AUGAAUAACACCGGAUUCAACCAUACGGAUGGCGGACUGUUCAACAAGACAGAGGAGAUUUUCUGCUGCAACUUUUCCUCCGUGGUGACUGAUAACGGCUUUGUGGCCGCCGCUCCGGAUGAGAGGAGCCUCUUCAUCAUGAGGGUGGUCCAGAUAGCCGUCAUGUGCGUUUUGUCGCUCACGGUGGUGUUUGGCAUAUUUUUCUUGGGUUGUAACCUUCUCAUAAAGUCAGAGGGGAUGAUCAACUUUUUGGUAACAGACAGAAGACCAUCAAAAGAAACGGAGGCAGUUAUUGUUGGUGCCUACUGA